CUUAUUUCUCUCUUGUCUUCACCUACGAAGUAUUCCGGUUGUGUGACACCGGUAUUCAGACAAGCAAUCCUCACAAUGGGCGCUUCUUCCCCAGCCUUGUCCGCCCUCAGCGGUCCCACCUAUGUGACCGCCCAGACCCUUAUCCAGCAGGUGGCAUACCUCCUCAGUGAUAAGAUCUUUUCUUACUCGCCUGAGUCAUUCGAUUUGGAUGCUGCUCUCCGCCAGUGGGCUUCUAGCCAAGAGGCCAAUGCCAAUGGCGAGGCUCCUGAGAUCAAGGCCAUGGAGACCCGCCAGGGUGCCGGUAACAUCGCUCUGGGUUACAUCUUCUCUCAGGACUUCGACCUGAAGAAGCGCCACAUCCCCCAGGGUAUCGUUGCCUCCUCGGCGACGCUCCCUUACAUGCGCGCCGCCCUGGAGCAACUUUCCUUGCUCUACUCCGUGGCUAGCCCUGUCGCUGCUCACGUCGCUGCUGUUGACUAUGCUAGCGAGAACGGCCUCGUCUCCGACUAUGCCACUGCCCUCUCCCUCGCGGAGGAACUCGGACUGGGUCUGGUGUCCAGCGCCUCUGUUCACGAAUCGCAGCACAUGGCUCUCCUGACCACUCUCCUCGCUUCUGUCCUGCCUUCCGUCCACAUCUAUGACGGUGUGCGUGUUGGUCGCGAGCACACUCGUGUUAUCGACAUCCUCGAUCAAGCCGGCCUUGCUCGCACGUACGAAUCUGUCCGGAAGACCUUGGAGGAUUCCCGCAGCCGUCACCUCGAUAAUCAGGGCAAGCUCCUCGAAAUCGUUCAGUCCUUGAACGGUGAGCUCGGAACCGACUAUGGUCUUUUCGAAUAUCACGGCCAUGCUGAGCCUGUUUCCGUGUUGGUCGCCUUCGGUACUGUCGAGGCCUCCCUCACUGCCCAGAUUGCCCGUUCGCUGUCCAAGGACGGUGUCCGUGUUGGUGUUGUCAACGUCCGUGUCUACCGCCCCUUUGUGGAAGAAGAGUUCCUCCGCGUGCUGCCUAAGUCCGUCAAGACUGUUGGUGUUCUGGGACAGGUUGUCAAUCAGCAGGCUGUCCAGGAACAGGGCGUUCGUUCCGCCCUUUACGAGGACGUUCUCGCCGCCCUCACCUUUGCUACCGACCGCGAGCAGGCACCGACUUGCGUGGACAUCAAGUACCCCCGUUCUCAGCGGUGGGAUCUGAUCAACACGGCCGCCGCCUUCCAGCUCAUUCACGAGAAGCCCAUUGUUCAGGCUAGCUCUGAAACCGAGCCCCUUCAACUGCUGGACCCCUCCGCUGUUCAGGAAUACUCCUUCUGGGACACUGACAACUCAGUGGGUGCUGAGGUCGCCACUGUCCUUUCCCAGGCUCUGGCUGCCGACUCCGCCAGCAAUGUCACCACCAGCAACGCUCACGACAACCUGAUCCAAGGUGGAGUUGUUCGCGUCGACAUCCGCAAGAGCUCCAAGAUCUUGGACGCUCCUUAUGCUGUCACUGCUGCUGAUACCACCUACGUUGGCGACGUCAAAUUGCUGGGUGAUGUUGACGUGGUGGCUUCCGUCAAGACCGGUGGGAAGAUCAUUGUCAACGCCCCUGGCGUCAAGGAUGACGAGCUGGAGAAGAAGCUGCCCGUGGGUUUCAGACAGGCUAUUGCUGAGCGUGGAAUUUCCCUCUAUUUUGUCGAUCCCUCUGCUGCCGGAGAGUCCGUCCCCGAGUCCUCCGUCCUCCAGGUCGCCUUCUUGCGUGUGGCUCUGCCUACGCAAGAGUCCGUUGGCAUCAAGAAGCUGGCCUCGAUUGUCGGCAAUGCCGACGCCUUGGAGACUGUCAGCAAGGAUCUCGAGAAGAUUCUCCGUCAGAUCGAGGUUCCUGAGUCCUGGAAGACUCCUGAGGAAGGAUCUCAGGUUCCCCAGUUGCCCAAGGACAUUACUCCCAACAGCUUUGUUGCAUUCGAUAAGGAAGAAAGCGAGCCUGCCUCUUACCUUAAGGAUUGGGAGGCUGCCGCUAAGGGUCUGGCUUUCAAGGAGGCCUAUGACACCAAGAUUGUUCUCCGUCCAGACCUUGCUACCAAGACCUUCACUGUUCACGUCAAGGAAAACAGACGCCUGACCCCCGUCACCUAUGAUCGUAACAUCUUCCACAUCGAGUUUGAUCUUGGCGACUCUGGCCUCAAGUACGACAUUGGCGAGGCCCUUGGUGUCCACGCCGAGAACGAUACCGACAUGGUCAAGGAGUUCAUCAAGUUCUACGGACUCAACGCUGACGACAUUGUUGAGGUGCCCAGCCGUGAAGAUCCCGCUGUUCUCGAGAACCGCACUGUCUACCAGGCGUUGGUCCAGAACAUCGAUAUCUUCGGUCGCCCUCCCAAGCGCUUCUACGAGGCUCUUGCCGAAUUCGCCAGUGAUGAGAAGGAGAAGACCGACCUCCGCACGCUUGGUGGGCCCGAAGGUGCUGUGGAGUUCAAGCGCCGUGCUGAAGUCGACACUGUCACCUUCGCUGAUAUUCUUCUGGACUACCCGUCGGCUCACCCCGACUUCCACGACCUGAUCCGUAUCGUUGGUCCCAUGAAGCGUCGUGAGUACUCCAUUGCCUCGUGCCAAAAGGUCACCCCGACCACCGUGGCUCUCAUGAUCGUCGCCGUGACCUGGACCGACCCCCGCGGCCGGGACCGCUUCGGCCAGGCGACUCGCUACCUGAGCCGCCUGCAGCCCGGCACUCCUGUCACCGUCAGUGUCAAGUCCAGUGUCAUGAAGCUGCCUCCCAAGUCUACUCAGCCCCUGAUCAUGGCUGGUCUGGGAACCGGUCUUGCUCCCUUCCGUGCCUUUGUCCAGCACCGCGCCCUUGAGAAGGCCCAGGGCAAGGAGAUCGGUGCCGUCCUGCUCUACAUGGGCUCUCGUCACCAGCGUGAGGAAUAUUGUUACGGUGAGGAGUGGGAGGCCUACCAGGAAGCCGGUGUCAUCACCGUCCUCGGUCGCGCCUUCUCCCGUGAUCAGCCCGAGAAGAUCUACAUCCAGGACCGCAUGCGCCAGACGCUGCCGGAGAUUGUCCAGGCAUACAUCCGCGAGGAGGGUGCGUUCUACCUUUGCGGUCCCACCUGGCCCGUGCCCGACGUCACCGCCGUCCUCGAGGAGGCCAUUGCUAUCGAGGCGAAGAACCAGGGCAAGAAGGUCGAGCCCCACAAGGAAAUCGAGAAGCUCAAGGACGAGGAGAGAUACGUGUUGGAGGUGUACUAAAGUGAAUGACUUGACGGUUGGGUGGUGGUAAAAAGGGGUCAUGGAUGAGUGGGACACUUUCUGUACAUUUUGUCCGCAGCAGGGAUGAUCAGAUGACCUGGCCUUCCUGUUUGAGUUUAGCGCUCUUUGCAUAUAGAACAUCCAUCAGGAUUCAGCUUGG